GCAGAUGGGUGAGGAGAGGCACUAGGAAGAGGGGGUUUAGAGGCAGCACAAAAGGAGCUAGAGCGGUGAGGAGAUUUUCAUAGGACAGCCAGAGCCGGUAGCUGCCCUUCAACUUCGUCACCAUGUCAGCCAAAGCAAUCUCAGAGCAGACUGGAAAAGAGUUCCUUUAUAAGUACAUAUGUACAACAGCAGCUGUGCAGAACCGCUUUAAGUAUGCUUGUGUGACCUACGACACAGACUGGGACCGACUAACGCAAGAGCACCCUUGGCUUUUAACAGAGUCGCUUGUGGUGAAACCUGACCAGUUGAUCAAACGCCGUGGGAAACUGGGUCUUGUUGGAGUUAACCUUAACUUGGAUCAGGUGAAAAGCUGGCUAAAGCCAAGACUGGGGCAUGAAACAACGAUUGCAAAAGCAAGAGGAAUUUUGAAGAACUUCUUGAUUGAACCAUUUGUCGCCCACAAGCAGGAUGAGGAGUUUUACGUCUGCAUUUAUGCAGCCAGAGAAGGAGACUAUGUGCUUUUCCACCAUGAGGGUGGUGUAGAUGUUGGUGAUGUAGAUUCAAAGGCCCAGAAAUUGCUGGUUGGUGUGGGGGAGCGUUUGACUGAAGAGGAUGUAAAGGCCCACCUACUCAUUCAUGUAACCCAAGACAAAAAAGAGGUCCUUGCAAGCUUUAUAACUGGUCUUUUUAACCUAUAUGACGACCUGUUCUUUACCUACCUCGAGAUCAACCCAUUAGUUGUGACAAAGGAUGGAGUGUACGUUUUGGAUAUGGCAGCCAAGAUUGAUGCCACUGCUGACUACGUUUGCAAAGCCAAAUGGGGCGAUGUGGAAUUUCCACCUCCCUUUGGGAGAGAAGCUUAUCCUGAGGAAGCCUAUAUCGCAGACCUGGAUGCAAAGAGUGGAGCCAGUUUGAAACUUACAAUUUUAAACCCACGAGGCAGAAUAUGGACCAUGGUGGCAGGAGGAGGAGCCUCUGUUGUGUACAGUGACACAAUUUGUGAUCUUGGUGGAGUUGAUGAGUUGGCCAAUUAUGGAGAAUACUCAGGGGCUCCUAGUGAACAGCAGACAUAUGACUACGCAAAGACUAUCCUGUCUCUCAUGACCAGAGAAAAGCAUCCAGAUGGUAAAAUCCUAAUCAUUGGUGGUAGUAUUGCCAACUUCACAAAUGUGGCUGCAACAUUUAAGGGAAUAGUGAGGGCUAUUAAGGACAACCAGGGACCUCUGAAGGAACAUGAAGUGACUAUAUUUGUAAGGAGAGGAGGACCAAACUAUCAGGAGGGAUUGCGUGUAAUGGGUGAAGUGGGUAAAACCACAGGAAUCCCCAUUCAUGUUUUUGGAACAGAAACCCAUAUGACCGCUAUUGUGGGCAUGGCCCUUGGGCACCGACCAAUACCCAACCAGCCACCCACAGCAGCACACACUGCCAACUUUCUGCUGAAUGCCAGCGGCAGUUCUUCUACACCUGCUCCCAGCCGUACUGCAUCCUUCUCAGAAUCGAAACAGGAGGAUAUUACCCCAGCCAAAAAAUCAAAACCAGCAAUACCUAGUGAUUCAGCACCUGUACACGGACCAACUAAAGCAAAGGCCACCACUCUUUUCAGUCGUCACACCAAAUCGAUUGUAUGGGGCAUGCAGACACGGGCUGUACAAGGCAUGUUGGAUUUUGAUUAUGUCUGUUCAAGGUCGGAACCGUCUGUGGCUGCCAUGGUUUACCCUUUCACUGGAGAUCACAAACAGAAAUUUUACUGGGGUCACAAGGAGAUUCUUAUACCACUCUACAAAAACAUGGCGGAUGCGAUGCGAAAGCAUCCUGAAGUAGAUGUACUUAUCAACUUUGCCUCAUUAAGAUCUGCAUACGACAGCACCAUGGAGACCAUGCACUUCCCCCAGAUACGUACUAUUGCAAUCAUUGCUGAAGGAAUACCAGAGGCUUUAACCAGGAGGCUGAUAAAGACAGCUGAUGAGAAGGGAGUCACCAUCAUUGGACCCGCAACAGUUGGUGGCAUUAAACCAGGAUGCUUCAAGAUUGGAAACACAGGAGGCAUGCUUGACAACAUUUUAGCAUCUAAGCUCUAUCGUCCUGGGAGCGUUGCCUAUGUUUCUCGUUCUGGAGGAAUGUCCAAUGAGCUUAACAACAUAAUUUCAAGGACAACAGACGGUGUUUUUGAGGGUGUAGCCAUUGGUGGAGACAGGUAUCCUGGAUCCACUUUCAUGGACCAUGUUCUCAGAUACCAGGAUACUCCAGGAGUAAAAAUGAUUGUGAUUCUUGGAGAGAUUGGUGGAACAGAGGAGUAUAAAAUAUGCCGUGGAAUAAAGGAGGGUAGACUCACUAAACCUAUUGUGUGUUGGUGUAUUGGGACUUGUGCUACCAUGUUCUCUUCAGAGGUGCAGUUUGGCCAUGCUGGAGCCUGUGCUAACCAAGUAUCUGAAACAGCAGUUGCCAAAAACCAGGCAUUGAAAGAAUCUGGUGUGUUUGUACCUCGCAGCUUUGAUGAACUUGGAGAUGUGAUCCAGUCUGUCUACGAGGACCUUGUCAGCAAAGGAGAGAUUGUACCUGCUGAAGAGGUUCCCCCGCCAACUGUGCCCAUGGACUAUUCAUGGGCAAGGGAACUGGGCCUGAUCAGGAAGCCAGCAUCUUUUAUGACCAGCAUCUGUGAUGAAAGGGGUCAGGAACUUAUAUAUGCAGGAAUGCCAAUUACUGAUGUUUUUAAGGAGGAUAUUGGAAUUGGUGGUGUAUUGGGACUCCUAUGGUUCCAGCGACGUGUUCCCAAAUAUGCUUCUCAUUUCAUUGAAAUGUGCCUAAUGGUGACAGCUGACCAUGGCCCAGCUGUGUCUGGAGCCCAUAACACAAUUGUUUGUGCCCGAGCUGGCAAAGAUCUUAUAUCGAGCCUGACUUCUGGACUGCUCACCAUUGGGGACCGUUUUGGCGGUGCUCUUGACGCAGCAGCCAAGAUGUUCAGCAAAGCCUUUGAUAGUGGCCUCAUACCCAUGGAGUUUGUGAACAAAAUGAAAAAGGAGGGGAAACUUAUCAUGGGAAUCGGUCACAGAGUAAAGUCUAUUAAUAAUCCAGAUAUGAGAGUACAGAUUCUAAAAGACUAUGUAAAACAGAACUUCCCUGCCACACCAUUGCUGGACUAUGCUCUAGAAGUGGAAAAAAUCACUACUUCAAAGAAACCCAAUCUUAUUCUCAAUGUUGAUGGCCUAAUUGGAGUUGCAUUUGUAGACCUUCUAAGGAACUGUGGUUCUUUUACAAGAGAAGAGGCUGAUGAAUACAUUGAUAUUGGGGCUCUCAAUGGUGUCUUUGUAUUGGGAAGAAGUAUGGGUUUUAUUGGGCAUUAUUUGGACCAAAAGAGGUUGAAGCAAGGAUUAUACCGGCAUCCUUGGGAUGAUAUCUCCUAUGUUCUGCCUGAGCAUAUGACUAUGUAAGGACUUGAAGAACACUCCACAGAGAUUAUUUGUUAGGUCAUGUAAUGCUUGGUGGGCAUAACACGACUGCAGGUUUUCUGCAAUAGAUCCUGCAUUCAUACACAAUGCAGGCCAAGAGUUAGUUGCUAUUUAAUGUAUUAAUGUCCUGUUCUAUUUUUUUUGUUGUAUUAAGUAUUACAGAUUUUGGUUUGAUCAUUCCCUCUUAUUCUGGGUUGUCAUGUUUAUGUUCUUAAAUCUUUUUAUUUCCAUAUGUGCAGAAAUUAAAAUGUGACAUCUUGUAUCUACAGCUGUAUUUAUUAAAUGGAACAGCAUUAUUGUG